AUGGCGACAGAAGAACACAAGAUUGAAGAUGAGCACCUGGAGCAGCCGGAGGAAGCAGGUGACGAUGAGGUAAAAACCGAGGAAAUUGCGGCGAUGAAGAAGCGGGUAGCCGAGAUGGAGUCUGAAGCGGCCAAGCUGCGCGAGAUGCAAGCCACGCUCGAUCAGCAGUCGGAGAGCCUACGCGAGGACAAAGAAGAGAUUGACGCCCGGAGUAUCUUCGUUGGCAAUGUGGAUUAUGGUGCUUCCCCCGAGGAAAUCCAGGCACACUUCCAGAGCUGUGGCUCGAUAAACCGGGUGACCAUCCUGUUGGAUAAGUUCACCGGACAGCCAAAGGGAUAUGCCUAUGUUGAAUUUGCAGAGCCCAGUCUGGUAGCCCAAGCCCUUGUACUUAACGAAAGUGUCUUCCGCGGCCGGAACCUAAAGGUCGUUCCCAAGCGUACCAACCUGCCGGGUAUGACCCGAGGACGCGGACGGGGUGGCUUCCGUGGCGGUCGGGGCCACCGCGGAGGUUUCGCGCCUCGCGGCGGUUAUCGCGGAGGUUAUCGCGGCCGGGGUCGGGGUUAUGCGCCUUACUAGAGAAACGUCCAGCACCAGUUCAGUGUAUAUGGGGUGAUAUUCGUUUGCGCAAGGAACAGAGGUCAUUGCACGAAGCCCCAGCGCUACCAAGGCGUCCGGGUUGACUAUGAUGGCCGUGGUAGCUCUGAUGCACACGUGUGCGCGUUUCUCGGAAUAAAGGGAGGAACUUCAUUAUUUUCUAAUUGUCUUUGGAGUCAACCUACUGGAAUGGACUUUUGUAUGAUAACCUUUCUGGCAAUCUCGGACUGGGUACGGGGCAGACGGGCGGAAUACCUGUGAUAUCAUCUAGCUACAGAGAAUUGCUUUACGAGCAGGAAUUGCCUGCUAACCCACCCCUCAAAAGGACCAGGACGGUCAUGAAACUACGCUCGUCAAAGCAGAUAAAGCAGCGCAAUAGGAAUCUGCACC